AUGUCGAACACAGCUGAAGAGCAAAACCUGGCAAUUUCAGGAUUUUACCAAAUCGCUGGUUUCCCAGGUGUUCUCGGUGCGAUCGACUGCACACACAUCAAAAUUCAGUCGCCUGGAGGAGAAUAUGCUGAGCGGUUCAGAAACAGAAAAGGUUACUUUUCUGUUAAUGUACAAGCCGUGUGUAAUGCGAAACUAAAAAUUCAAAACAUAAUCGCACGAUGGCCUGGCUCAGUACAUGACAGCACCAUAUUUAACGAUAGCGCGUUGAAGGUGGAUUUUGAAAGCGGACUGUAUGGUAAUGGAUAUCUUCUUGGUGAUAAUGGUUACCCUUGCAAACGUUACAUAUUAACGCCUUAUUUAAACCCUGCAAGUCCAAGCCAAAGGGCGUACAACCGGGCCCAAAUUGCAACUAGAAAUCCCGUAGAACGUUUGUUUGGGGUAAUUAAAAGAAGAUUUCCAUGCCUAAGUAUUGGGUUUCGAUGCAGACUUGAGAGGGCGUUAGCGAUAGUUGUAGCUUGUUGUGUUUUGCACAAUAUAGCUAUUGCCCAAGGUGACAUAAUAGAAGAUUUUAAUGUUGACCUACCCGAAGAGCUAGAGGCGCCAAUUGUUGAUGUAGAUGAUGACUCUUCGGUGAGAACAGCACUAGUGAAUACGGUGUUUGCUGUAUGA